CGACUUUGUCGCACACACGCGUUUUGGGACGAUCCAUUUGAGACCGACGGGCGGUACGGACGGCCGCGCGACACUUUUCGCGAGUUUCUGUGUGUGGUGCCACAGUGCGCUUUCCACUCUACAUCUUUGAAUCUGGUGCGGCAGUGCCAGGUGGAUAAUUUGUUUCCUCCUUCCCGUUCUGUGCUGCGGUUUUUGGAGCGGCGUUUCCGUUUUGUGCUGCUGCUGCUGCUAGUGGAAGUGCCAAAGUUAAGAGUGAAACGUUGCCGAUCCGAAAGUGAAGUGCUUCAGUAGUGCAUCAUCUUCCCCCGAGGCAUCGUAGACCAUGAGCGGAAUGCUGCGACUGCCGUCAAUGUUGGCCAAGAGCGCCGUAUCCGCGGCUCGUGGUUUGACUGCCGCCAGCUCUCAGCGAGGAUUGCAUUUCACCGUUGGCCAAAACAAUGCCCAGGCCCAUGCCGAUGCGAUCUCCAAGGAGUACCCGGUGGUGGACCAUACCUACGACGCGGUUGUUGUCGGAGCCGGAGGUGCUGGUCUCCGGGCUGCCUUCGGUUUGGUUGCCGAAGGUUUCAAGACUGCCGUGAUUACGAAACUGUUUCCGACCCGCUCACACACCGUGGCGGCCCAGGGAGGUAUCAAUGCCGCGUUGGGUAACAUGGAGGAAGACGACUGGAAGUGGCACAUGUACGACACGGUCAAGGGAUCCGAUUGGUUGGGAGAUCAGGAUGCGAUCCAUUAUAUGACCCGAGAGGCGCCGAAGGCUGUCAUCGAACUCGAAAACUACGGUAUGCCGUUUUCCAGAACUCCCGAUGGUAAAAUCUAUCAACGUGCCUUCGGUGGUCAAAGCUUGAAGUUCGGCAAAGGUGGCCAAGCUCAUCGGUGCUGUUGUGUGGCAGAUCGUACAGGCCAUUCCCUGUUGCAUACCCUGUACGGCCAAUCGUUGAGCUACGAUUGCAACUACUUUGUGGAAUAUUUUGCGCUGGAUUUGUUGAUGGAAAACGGCCAAUGUGUGGGUGUGAUUGCCUUGAACUUGGAGGACGGCAGUAUUCAUCGUUUUCGCGCUAAGAACACGGUUCUUGCUACCGGAGGUUAUGGCCGAGCCUAUUUCUCCUGUACAUCUGCUCAUACUUGUACCGGCGACGGAACUGCUAUGGUUGCACGUGCUGGCCUGCCCUCGGAAGAUUUGGAAUUCGUGCAAUUCCAUCCGACUGGAAUUUAUGGUGCCGGCUGUCUGAUUACUGAGGGCUGUCGAGGAGAGGGUGGUUAUCUGAUCAACUCUCAGGGUGAGCGAUUCAUGGAACGUUACGCACCAGUUGCUAAGGAUUUGGCUUCUCGUGAUGUGGUUUCCCGUUCAAUGACAAUAGAAAUCCGUGAAGGGCGUGGAUGUGGACCCGAAAAGGAUCACGUUUACCUGCAGCUGCACCAUUUGCCCCCAGAGCAAUUGGCUCAACGUCUGCCAGGUAUUUCGGAAACAGCAAUGAUCUUUGCAGGUGUCGAUGUAACUCGCGAACCAAUUCCGGUAUUGCCAACCGUUCACUACAACAUGGGCGGUGUCCCAACGAACUACAAGGGACAAGUGCUGACCACGGAUUCUUCUUGCAACGAUCAGAUCGUUCCCGGACUGUACGCUUGUGGUGAAGCCGCUUGCUCGUCUGUACAUGGAGCUAACCGACUGGGUGCAAACUCGUUGCUUGAUUUAGUUGUGUUUGGCAGAGCGUGCGCUAAAACAAUUGCCGCCGAAAACAGGCCAGGCGAUAAGAUUCCAGACAUUAAACCUAACGCUGGUGAAGCUUCUGUUGCCAAUUUGGAUUGGGUACGCAACGCCAAUGGAGCUAUUCCUACCUCUACACUGCGUCUGAACAUGCAGAAGACCAUGCAGAAUCACGCGGCCGUUUUCCGCGAGGAAAAAACGCUGCAAGAAGGCGUGCGCAAGAUGGCAGAUAUUUACAAGUCCAUCAAGGAUGUCAAAGUUUCCGAUCGCUCGUUGGUGUGGAACUCGGAUCUGGUUGAAACUUUGGAAUUACAGAACCUGCUUCUUAAUGCCAACAUGACGAUCGUGGGAGCUGAAAACCGAAAGGAAUCACGAGGUGCUCAUGCUCGUGAAGAUUACAAACAACGAGUCGAUGAGUUGGAUUACAGCAAACCCCUGGAGGGUCAACAAGCGAAACCAAUGACCGAGCACUGGCGCAAGCACACGUUGCUAUGGAUCGAUCCGGCCACUGGCGAAGUCACCAUCGGUUAUCGCCCGGUCAUCGAUCAUACCCUAAACGAAGAAUGCAACACCGUGCCUCCGGCGAUCCGUUCGUACUAAGCCAAUACCUGCUGUCUUUGAAACACAAACAAAUUUUUAUUUGUUUAAUGAGAACACAACAAUCAACAGCAAUAAAACACUAGCAUCACACCUGAUGGAAAAUUCAUCUUCUAAAAAUAAUCAUCACUCUUCAAUAAAAGUUGUUUAAACGCGCGCUACGUUGGAUCUAGAUCGGACGUAACCGGAAUAAACAAUUUUCUCAACGAAAACCCCAAUCGAAAAAAAAAUUCUACCCGCACCAGUGAUGAUGAGGUCAAGAUAUGUGCUUAAAUUAUGUUUAGAUCGAUACUGGAACUAAAAACCAACUUAUUUAUUUCGUUUAAAACGUGUUAAAGUAAACCACAAAGCACUUAAUUUCCUUGUAAACUAGAGCUACGAAAAAAAGAGAAACAAUAAACUUUGCUUAAUUCGUAGGAAGUGAAAACUACAAUAAAUCUUAAUUUGAAAUUCA